AGAUAUUCUGAGAAUUAUUGUGAGACGGUCAUGACGGGACAUGUGACUAAACUGAACGUCAUUUUCUAUGAAGCGAGAGAGUGGUUUGCGGAAGUAAUUCGAAAAUCGUCUUUCAGUUUCUUGGAAGAGAUCAGCAAUUGUCAGCAAACUUCGAUGUAUAGUCAGGAUCCCGUAAGGAAACAAGUUUGCAGUGAUUUCGUUCAAAGUGGGAUCUGGUUGAUGGCAGAUUGAUUGCUUUUCUUUGCGCAGCCCGCUUGCCCCGAUCGACAUUAACACAUGGAGCGAUGCAGCCUAAUGAAACCUAAGUGUUUGCCUUUCCUGUUCCUUCUGGGUUUCGGCAGACUUAGUCCCACAGUGUCUUCUAUUGAUGAGUCAAACGUGGCGAGUUAUGAAGUAGAGAGGAGGUCCAAUGCCGGUGACUUGUUUUAUGUAAACACGAUAAAUGUUAGUCAGUGUCAAUUAAGCGGCUGGUGCAGUAAGUUUGGACCUGCAUAUUCGGCGGGGGGUACAAAUUGCGGCUGUACUUGUAACUCUGAUGUUUCAUCUUUCCUCCCGUCGUUGAGGAGGUGUCUAAAAGGAAAUCAACUUCUAGAAAACCUUGAAGGUUGUCCAAAAGGUACAUACCAAAAUUUGUUUGGUACUGCUAAUAAUCCUGUCUUUAAGUUUGCUGUUAACCUUACCAGGAGAAUAAUAAAGAAAACAUCAGCUAAGGGAAAUCAGCUCAAUUGUAGCCUCUAUGGAUAUUUUUUUGAUUAUGGUGGUUUUCAUGCUAGUUGGAAACAUGUUCUUGAAGGAAUCUUUAAGGUUAAUAAAAAGGGAGGUGCAUUUAACAUAAAGAUGAAAGACAAGUCUAACAAAUUGUCUGGGAGAGUCAUCAAACUUAAUCUCAUGUGCACAAAUAAAACACAAAAAGGUCAGCCAGUAUUACAAGCUUGUUAUCUUUUCAAGGCAGUGGGACAUGUAACAUAUUAUGCCCCAGCAAGGACAAGUACUGUACAUACUUUUCGGACAUCUGUGGGUUAUCACACAUCAUCAUCAUUAACACAUCCAUCUUCACCAUCACCACAAUUACCACAAUCAACACAAAUAACUUCAAUGUCAUCAUUGUCACAUUCAGCAUCUCUACCAUCACCAUCUCCUUCCUUAGAUGUCAUGACAAGGAUUCCAACAACACUCACUGAAAAAUUUUCACACAUGGGAACCAGAUCUCUUGAAACAAGGCCGGCCUUACGUACAUCCAGAUCAAUUCUGCCAUUAACAUUAAAUACAGAAGUUGAAAGCCUCUUGUCAGUCAGUUCAGAGGACGUUAGUAAUCAAGUAAUAUACACAGGAAUUCAUACAUCAUCGGUUACCACAGGAGAGCCAAAUUAUAGUGAACCAUCAGAGCUACUGACCACUGAGGCAAGUUUUCCUCCUGUGGAUGGUCCAGGAGACAAAGAGGCCAAAAAAAGUGGAAAAGACAAAGGAGUAGCAAUUGGUGGAGGAGUUGGUGGUGCUGUUGCUUUUGGGAUUAUUGUCAUAGGGUUGAUCACUGUAUUUUGUAGGAGAAGAAAGUUACGGUAA